CCGCUGACGCUGCGCCCUGCGGCCAUAUCGUAUCGUUCUGCAGGCUCGUAUAUCCCCCUCCUCGCCAUGUCUAAGCAGCUGCAGUUCAAGCUUGUUCUUCUCGAGCUAACGUUGUCACCUUACAGUCUGGUGUUGCGUUUCGUGAAGGACCAGUUCGAUGACUACCGGGAAAGCACUAUUGGCGCUGCCUUCUUGACGCAGACUGUCACGCUCGAAGACCAGACAACGGUCAAGUUUGAGAUUUGGGAUACCGCUGGUCAAGAACGGUAUAAGGCUCCCAUGUACUACCGCAACGCAAAUUGCGCAGUAGUCGUCUACGACAUCACGCAGUCCGCAUCUCUAGAGAAGGCCCGUUCAUGGAUUCGCGAGCUCCAGCGCCAAGCAGACCCUUCCAUCGUCAUUGCUCUCUGCGGCAACAAAGCAGACUUGUCCGCCCGACGCCAGGUCUCGCAGGAGGAAGCACAGAAUGCUAAGUCCGGCGAGGGUGUGCAAGAGAUCUUCACUGCCAUUGCCAAGAAGCUACCGCAGAACGCGCCAGCGUCCGCAAGAGCGGGUGGCCGGGCGGGUCCGUCGGGGAGAUCUGGCGUUGAUCUGAACAAGCAAGCCAGCGCUGCCCCAGGCCAGAACGAGCCAUGCAACUGCUGAGCGUUCUUGAGCUCCCGUGGUCCCCUGGUGCCUGUUGCGCCGGUCCGUCGUCUCUCCGUUCUACUUACCCACGCCGUCGCUUUGCUAGACCUCAUCUUCACACUGUUCUACCACUUUCUGUACUAUAGGUUCACAUCGUCGUAUUCUCAGUAUUAUAUGGACCUACCAGAACAGCAUUAUCGAUGCCAGGUUGCCGGUGUUGCUUUUGACUCGCUGAGGCUGUUUAGAUCAAUGAUUGACUCUGGAGGCGUG